GACCACAACUACCCUAUAAAUCUUCCCAAAUCUUAAUCGAAUACCUUAGCUAAAAUUAUUGUUAAUAUUUUUCUUUUUGUCUUUAUACCGAGUAUAGUAAAGUAUAGAAGAGAAGCAUGAGGAGUGAACAGAAAUCAUAAGAUUAAUACAAAAAAUUGUUUAAUUAUUAGAACCGACCACAUAAAAUAUUAAUACUUGUCUCCCAGCAAAUGAAAACUAGUACUAACAAUAACUUUUGAAUAUUUUUAAAUUCUCAGUCAAUACUCGCCGAACAUAUUGUAGCAUUUUCUCUCUCUGUGUUCUCCAUUCACAUUUUCACUCUAUAAAUAUGCAUCUCACUCGUUGUCUCUCUUUAUACUUCAACCAAUUAACUGUUCUCUAUCUCUUUCUUUCUCUCUCUACACUGCCGUCCAAUAAUGGCGGCCAAAGUCUUCACUCAAAACCCUAUAUGUUCUCCAUCUCUAAUUAGAGACAAAACUCCUCAACAAAAACACAAUCUUGGCCAUUUCUCUCUCUCCAAGAACACCUCUAAAAGACUCGUUGUCUCUUCUUCUAUAAUGUCCCCUCCGAUUCCAUCUUCUCCGCUCGCUCUCCCUUCUUCUUCUUCUUCUUCUUCUUCCUUUUCUUCUUCUCAGGUCUUUCCUCCUUCAAGAGCACCUGCAGCAACUCUACCGUUGUCUCGGAUUUGGAGAGAGAUACAAGGAAGCAAUAACUGGGAAAAUCUUAUUGACCCUUUAAGCCCUAUUCUCCAACAAGAGAUUACUCGCUACGGGAACUUACUCUCCGCUUCUUACAAAGGGUUUGAUCUAAACCCUGACUCCAAACGUUACUUGAACUGCAAGUAUGGAAAAAAGAACUUGCUUAAAGAAUCCGGAAUCCAUGACCCUGAUGGCUACCAACUCACCAAGUAUAUCUACGCCACUCCAGACGUCAACCUCAACCCUAUCAAGAAUGAGCCUAACCGUGCUCGUUGGAUUGGUUAUGUAGCGGUUUCUUCUGAUGAAUCAGUGAAACGUUUGGGGAGGAGGGAUAUUGUGGUGACGUUUCGUGGCACUGUGACCAACCAUGAGUGGUUAGCUAACCUAAAGAGCUCUUUGACUCCGGCUCGUCUUGAUCCUCAUAACCCUCGUCCUGAUGUCAAGGUCGAAUCCGGGUUCUUAGGUUUAUACACAUCCGGUGAGAGCGAGAGCAAAUUCGGGCUAGAAAGCUGCCGUGAGCAGCUUCUCUCCGAGAUCUCGAGGCUUAUGAACAAGCACAAAGGCGAGGAAAUGAGCAUCACGCUUGCGGGACAUAGUAUGGGGAGUUCGCUAGCUCACCUUCUAGCUUACGACAUAGCAGAACUCGGUAUGAACCAGAGAAGUGAUGAAAAAGCUGUUCCGGUGACCGUGUUUUCGUUUGCGGGUCCUAGGGUUGGUAACUUGGGGUUCAAAAAACGGUGUGAGGAGCUAGGAGUUAAAGUCUUGAGGAUCACGAAUAUAAACGAUCCGAUCACCAAACUUCCCGGUUUCUUGUUCAACGAGAAUUUCAGAUCUUUAGGUGGUGUUUACGAACUUCCUUGGAGCUGUUCUUGCUACACUCACGUGGGAGUCGAACUCACCCUCGAUUUCUUCGAUGUUCAAAACAUUUCUUGUGUCCAUGACCUCGAGACUUACAUCAAUUUAGUUAACCGUCCGAGAUGCUCGAGAUCGGCAGUUAAUGAGGACAAUUUUGGCGGCGAUUUUUUGAACAGAACAAGUGAGAUGAUGUUCGGUAAGGGACGACGUCGAGCGUUGCAUUUAACAAACGCAGCGACCAAUGCGGCAUAUCUACUUUGUUCUAUAUCCAACCAUAUGUUGUAUUAUAAUAUCUUUUAGGUCUAGAUUGAUCCAAGCUACAAAUUUUGAUCUUUUUUAAGACAGGACAAAAUAAUUGUUGCCCUAUCUUUUACCUAGCAAGUACAUAUAUAGAUGUGUAUAUGCAAAACCUAAUAUAUUUUCGUGUAUAUGUAUUCAAGAUGGUUUGCAACUAUUUUCAAGAUCUUUUUUAUCUGGUUUUAUGUAAAUAUCAUCAAUUAACGAAACACUUUAUUAAAAAAAACAUAUUUUCAAGAUCCAAGAUUAUUUAUUGCAUCAGAUCUCUCAGCUAUCACAAUGUGUGAACAAUUUUUUUGUUUUCUUUAUGUUAUGUCCUCUUUUUACUUUGUUCUGUUUUUUGCGUUAU